UGUCUAAACCGGUCCGUUACUUUGAUCAUCAUCAUCAUCAUUUUUUUUUUCUCUACUUAGUUAUAUUUAUACUCUCUCUCUCUCUCUGCCACUAUUUUCUCUUACUACUUCGCUCCCCCUCGCUCCGUCUCAAAAAAAAAAUAAAAAAUAAAAAUAUAACAAAAAAUGGAUCGUAGAAGCGCGAUUUCAGUUGCUUUGAUUUGCAUUGUGGUGGCCGGUGUUGGUGGUCAAGCUCCGGCAGCCUCACCCACUAAUGCUCCGCCGGCAGCGACUACACCUGCUACUGCUCCCUCUACAGUUCCCGUGGAUAAACCUAAAUCACCAGCCCCAACCGCCGCUCCUACCACUUCUCCACCAACUUCUUCACCUCCGGCUGCAGCUCCGGAGAAGUCCACGGCGGUUCCAGCUCCAUCUAAAUCUGCUCCGACCUUUUCUCCUCCGGCUGCUACACCAGUAAGUUCUCCACCGGCUCCAGUUCCUGUGAGCUCUCCUCCAGCCAAAUCGCCUCCCGUUGCCGCACCGACAACUUCUCCAGAGAGCUCGGCCUCUCCUCCGGCUCCUGUUGCGGCACCAGUUACUGCCGAAGUUCCUGCACCAGCUCCAAGCAAGAGCAAGAAGUCUAAGAAACACAAUGCUCCCGCUCCUUCACCUGAUUUGCUUGAACCUCCUGCUUCACCAACCGGAGCUCCUGGACCUAGCCUCGACUCUUCGUCUCCCGGCCCUGCUAUUGCCGCCGAUCAGAGUGGAGCUGAGACAAUGACGAACAUGCAGAAGAUAAUUGGAGGACUGGGAUUGGGAUGGGCUGCCAUUGCUCUGAUCUUCUAGAGAGAGAGAUUUGGAUUCGGUGUUCAAAUUUUUUUUUUUAAAUUCCUCUAUGUCUCGCAUUUGAUAUAUUUUUAUUUUACUCUAUUUGUUUCCUUUUUAAAAACUACUCCGUUGCUUAGUGGUGUGGUUUUUACCACAUUUGCUUUGUAAUUCUUUGGGGAAAGUUUGAGAGACAGAGAAAGAGAGAGAGAGGGGGAGAGACUGUACCUUUUUCUUUUUGUAAUUCCACUACUUUAUUCCAUUUUGUACUAUUUGUUUUUAGGAUAUGCUUUUCUUUCUUUUCCCCUUUGGCUUUGCUAUUGAUUUAUUCUUCUUUUUUUUAGUAAGUCACAAUUUUUUUAGCUUUGUUUCCUUAUUUUACGUGCUUAUUAUUAACGCACACAAGUGAGUUGGCUACGAUUCCAUGUACAUUGCCCUUCUUCUCAUAUUUCAUCUCCAAAAAUCCUGCUCUUGGGUUCUUGUCAUGAUGUUUAUUAGAAGCUUCAUUUCGAAUUGAAAAGCACUGGCAUAAUUUU